UGUGUCAAGUACAAGCUGUUGGGUUAAGGACUUACCUGGCAGUAUUAUAACCCAAUGUGUCGCAGAUAUAUACAUAAAAGUAUAUGAUUUUCAAGAAGGCAGUAAAUAUUUAUUUGUGUAGAUAGAAGCAAUCUCUUGAUCAUGAGAUAAAUACUGCAACAAAUAUUACAACUCUACAUAGCCUAGACAUAUCUUUACGCAAAACAUUUCGUACCUUGUGUUUACAAACUCUAGUGAGGUGGGAAUACGAGAGGUUAAGAAAUAUGAGUUUUGCGAGAAAUAAACUUUCGAAGCUAUUUCGACCAGUAAAUGUUCUUCCGAAAAACGUCGAAGUGCAAUACGAUGGAAUUUCGAAGAGUCAGAAGCUGAUGCUGGACAUGGGCUUUAUAAGAGCUGCUAGCCCAGGAUUUUUUCAUCUGUUACCUCUUGGAGAAAGAGCUUUGCAAAAACUUAUUAACAUUGUUGAAAAGUACAUGCAAACUAUUGGUGCACAAAAAAUACUAUUACCAUUAUUGACAAAUGCACAGUUGUGGAAAGCAUCAGGUAGAUGGACCACAGAAGAGCUGCUUACUCUGCAGGAUCGACACAACAAGACAUAUGUACUGAGCCCAACACAUGAAGAAGCAGUUACUGACCUGAUAGCAUCCGUACCACAAUUAUCACAUCACCAUUUCCCACUCUUAUUGUAUCAGAUAGGAAGUAAGUUCCGAGAUGAAAUGAAACCACGGUUUGGUCUAAUGAGAGCAAGAGAGUUUAUUAUGAAAGACUUGUACUCGUUUGAUACCUCAGUUGCAAAUGCAGAAGUCACAUAUGACACUGUAACUACAGCUUACAGCAACAUCUUUAAGGAAAUAGGGGUUGAAUGUAUGAAAGUUCAGGCGGCAUCAGGUAUAAUGGGUGGGACUCUUUCCCAUGAGUACCACUUCAUAUCAGAAGCAGGGGAAGACAGAUUAUAUAUUUGUGAAAGUUGCAACUAUGUUGUAAGUGAAGACAUUUUUUCUGGAGACUGCCCAGAAUGCAAAAGCAAAAAUUUCAAGAGACGGAGUGGGAUAGAGGUGGGCCAUACAUUCUUGCUUGGUACAAGAUAUUCAGCUCCACUAAAAGCAGUAUUCCAGACAUCAGAUGGUACCAACGGAAUUUUGCAGAUGGGGUGCUUUGGCCUGGGGCUUACAAGAAUUCUAGCAGCUGUUAUUGAAUCUCUGUCUUCGUCAUCAGAAAUUAGAUUACCCUUUUCCUUAGCUCCAUUCAGAACUUUAAUCAUACCACCAAAGGAGGGCAGUAAAGAAAGUUUUACAACAUAUUUGUCUGAAGAAUUAUAUGAUGCAAUCAAUUCUUUAGAAUUAUUCAAAAAUGAUGUUGUGAUAGAUGACAGAUGUCAUUUAACAAUUGGAAGGAGGUUAAUGGAAGGACGAAAAAGUGGAUUCCCAUUUAUAAUUAUUGUGGGUAAAAAGGCAGUUGGUACACCACCAUGCUUUGAAGUACAUGAUGUUUUGAGUAAUAUGGAAAUAUCACUUCCUCUUCCUGAUCUGAUCAAGUUUAUACAGGAGAGGGUGAAAGGAGAUACCAUUUCAGAAAUGCAAGUUUCCGUUUCUUCCAGUGUAUAAUUCACUAAAUUUUCUUAAAAGUUGUUGUGAAUAAUCACAUCAAACUUAAUUUAUGCCCACUGUGAAAAUAAAAAUAUAUUUAUAUGAGCAAACAGCUAUAUUUAUUUAUUGGAUAAGUAAAAAAAUUUAUCCACCUCAAAUUACCAAUUUAUCCUUCAUCUACAGUUACAUUUUUCAUUUUAAUUUGUUUUAAAUCUUGCCACACAUGGAGGAGUCAGGACAUACAGUUUACAGUUCAAGUCAGUGGGUGAGAAGUGUAUAAAGUUUGUUCUGUUUCAUAUCACAUAUAUGAACAAAAUGAUGAUAAUUUCAUAUUUAUUAUUUAUUUAGCAUAUGUCUAAUAUCACGCCAGACAAUAAAAUGUUUUUCUUCAACAAUACACAUACACCUAUUUAACACUUAGAAAAAAAAAUCAUAACUACAAGUUAAUUAAAUUUACAGUGUUUACAAAGCACAGUAGGUUAUAGACACAUAGCCAGCUGAUGAAUUUGGGUUAUUCUGAGGGGCCAGUAGGUAUAAUUUAAUGCAAGUGACAUAAAUUAAGGAGACUCUUAAGAGCCCUAAGCAUUUAAGAUGUUAAUCUGUGGAAAUUAUCAGAUGUGAAUUGAAACAUGCACCCCAAAUUUUCAAAAUAUUUCUGAGCAUCUACUAAACUCCACAUACAUGCAGGGUGUCCUGGGAGGAAUGGUCAUUUGAAGCAUAAAACUGCAUAUGAACAUGUGCCCUAUUCCUAAUGGUUUCCAAGGUAGAACACAUUUAAUGUACAUUGUUAUUUAUUUUCUGUGUUAUUUAAUAUAUUCUCAGAUUUACGCAUGAACUCAUGUACAAUAGUUGGUGAACAUGACAACAUUUGCUUUACA